CAAACCCUAACCGCCCCCUCCCUCCCUCCCUUCCGCUGCCGCAGGAUCUGGAGCGGAGAUUAAUGAAAUAAGAUGCUCCUCAAGAGCAAAUUUAAGUUGGCCACAGCAAUCGGCAUCGUGCUGUCGAUGCUCUCGCUGUUGGUGCACCUUUUUCUUGCAAAUUAUUCUGCUGGGGGAAUCACAAAAUAUAGUCUGCAUAUGGAUGAUGUCCUUCCAUUUGGACCAAGGCCUCGACCCCGGAGAUUGUGGGGUCCGUUGAGUACACUUGAUCAUUUACACCCUUAUGCAAAACCCAGAAAAAUCUACCCUGCUCCUGAUUAUCAUAAUGGUUUUAUUUAUGCAAAGAUUUAUGGUGGCUUUGAGAAGAUACAGUCUUCAAUCUGUGAUCUUGUCGCCGUUGCCAGGCUCUUAAAUGCCACCCUGGUUAUUCCUGAGAUCCAAGCAACAACACGUGCAAAAGGCAUCAGUUCAAAAUUCAAGAGCUUUUCAUAUCUAUAUGAUGAAGAUCACUUCAUUUCCGCACUUUCCAAUGAUAUAGCUAUUGUGCGUGGCUUGCCAAAGGAUCUCAGGGAGGCUAGAAAAAGGAUCAAAUUUCCCACAGUAUCACCUAAAAAUUCAGCUACUCCUGAAUAUUAUGUGACAGAAGUCCUGCCAAAACUUGCCAAGUCGAAAGUUAUUGGGAUAAUCGUUAAUGGAGGCAAAUGUCUCCAGUCUAUUCUUCCUGCAAGCUUGGAGGAAUUUCAGAGGCUUAGAUGCAGGGUAGCAUUCCAUGCUUUGAAGUUCCGUCCAGAAAUUCGUGCUCUCGGGAGCCAAAUAGUUAGCAGUUUACGUGCAUCUGGGCGUCCUUACCUAGCAUAUCACCCAGGAUUGCUAAGAGAUACCCUAGCAUUUCAUGGUUGUGCUGAACUUUUCCAGGAUAUUCAUACAGAACUUAUUCAAUAUAGAAGGAAUCAGAUGAUCAAACGAGGAGCUGUAAAGGAACAGUUAUCAGUUGAUUCAGUGUCCAGGAAGAUAAACGGUUCAUGUCCACUCAUGCCAGAAGAGGUUGGACUUCUGCUUCAAGCAUUAGGUUAUCCAUCAACUACAAUAAUAUAUCUGGCUGGUUCUGAAACUUUUGGUGGACAGAGAAUACUUAUUCCUUUACGAGCUAUGUAUGCCAACUUAGUUGAUCGCACUUCUGUAUGUAGUCAGAGGGAGUUAUCUGAUUUAGUUGGCCCAGAGGCUCCUCUUGCAUCAGAUAUGCCACACCCUCCGCCUCACAAAAGUGAGAAAGAACUCAUUGAAGCAUGGAAGAGGGCAGGGCCUCGUCCAAGACCUCUGCCACCACCUCCUGCAAGGCCAUUUUAUGCCCAUGAAAAAGUAGGCUGGUAUGGCUGGAUUGGGGAGAAUGACACAGAACCAGAUCCUGCUCCUGUUGAAUUUAGGAGGCAAGCGCAUCGGUUGCUCUGGGAUGCGCUUGAUUAUUUUGUUUCGGUUGAAGCUGAUGCAUUCUUUCCUGGGUUUCAUAAUGAUGGGAGUGGCUGGCCAGAUUACUCAAGUUUGAUCAUGGGGCAUCGGCUAUACCAAACCCCAUCUGGUAUAACCUAUAGGCCUGACAGAAAGACUAUUGCUGCGCUUUUUGAAAAUGUUAGCGACCACAGGUAUCACCCACCACGGAAUUGGACAUUAGCUGCACGCCAACAUCUCAAUGACAGUGCAAAUGUAGAAGGCAUUGUAACAUCAGCUAUGCUGUCAAAACCUGUAUCUUUUCUUGCCCACCCAUUACCAGAGUGUUCGUGCAGAACACCAAAGUCACCUGGUGUUCAGCCGAUGAAAGAUAGCCAUGGUAGGCUCCUAUUCGGCGGUGAAGAAGAGUGUCCUGAUUGGAUGGUUCGCAGCUUGGCCAUGUCAUCUACGAAGAGUAAUGAACCUCUGAAUGAGGAUUACGAGGGCGAGUUGCCUGAUGAUGAUUCUAGCCAAGACACACAGCAGGAAUCUGAUAGAAGUGACAUGAAUAAAUCUUCGGAGCAAGAUGAGGAAAUGGAUCCAGAUGAUUGAACACAUGAGGAGCAUGGUACUAUGGCGCACCUUUUAUCCGCUAUAUCAGCUCCAGGUAACUCGAGUGAUCUCACCACACAUUGCAAUUUGCAACGAUCUACUGGACCAGCGGGAUUAGUUUGCAGCAGCACAUCCUGAGCUAGGAGAACCCAAGCAUGAUAUGAUUUGUCGACCUCAGAUGAUUUGCUUGGAUUCAGUAUACGACCUCGAUACAGAAACUAACACUUAGGGGUUCUUUUUUCCUUUUUUUACGCCUUUUUGACCUGAAGAAAUUGUUUGUGUACAAAUGUCUAUUAGCAGGGAAUACAUUGACUUUUUGGGUGAGUUUGAUUUCUAUUACUGUGAGGGAAUCUUGUCGAUGUGCAUGUAAAGAACAGGUUUUCCUGGGUAGAUGUUUCAAGAUUUACCACAGCUGCUUGCAUGUUACAACACCUGAUUGACAGUCAAGUCAUGUUCCGGUUUAUGAAUGAAAAUGGUGAAAUUCUGAUC